AGGGCUCAGGCAGUUGCGCUAAGCCAAGUGAGGCGAAAGUACGCGGCCAGUGUUGUGAAUGGGACGAUUUGAAUUGUAGUUUUUAUUGAGUGCAUAGUGCAGAAUAUAUACCUUGCCCGCGAAUAACCCAGCACGUACGAGACAUUAACAAGCCGUCAACACUUUCACCUGUACAGCACAGGCUUCCCACGGAGAAACCGUGUGAGGGAAAAUUCAGGGAAAAUGAUCUUUUUCACAAUAACAUACGAUAUCCGAUGCUGUAGGUGAACGAUGUAUACAAGAGCCAACAAUGCGAAAACUCCACCCAGAGUUAGAUUAAAAGUGCCACGAUUAAGAGACAUACUUAUAUUAUUAUUUCUGUGCCACGUAGUAAGAGGUAACCGACCACCGAGAUUUCUUAUAGAUGGACGAUCGGAAAUAGUUAUAAGACUGAAGGAGGGGCUGGACACGCCAGUGGGUAGCCUUAUAUAUAGACUAAGAGGAGUCGACCCGGACGGUGAUGUUUUACAAUUUGGUAUUCGCAACCAAGUUGGUAGUGAUAUUUUAAAAAUAGAAGCCAUUUCAUCCAACGAAGCAAAUAUAUAUUUAGUUAAGGAGUUAGAUAGAGAGGUGCGUGACGAAUACUCUUUCGUUCUUACCCUAACUGAUGGAAAUUUGGGUGAGGGUAACUUUAUAACGCAAAGCUUUUUAUUGUUAGUGGAAGACGUAAAUGACAACGAACCAAUUUUUAAACCCUACCCCUCGGCAUUAACCAUAAAAGAAAAUGAUCCCCCAGGAAAUAUAAUAACAACAGUUGAGGCCACUGAUCUUGAUGAAGGAGCCUAUGGACAAGUUCUUUAUCACUUGCAAGAACUCGAUGGAGAUGUGAAUAAUUUUUCAAUACAAACAGUCAAUGGAAAAGGUGUUAUACGAUUAAUAAAUAAAUUGGAUUACGAAAAAAAAUCACUGUAUCAACUUCGAGUACUUGCUGUGGACAGGGCGAACCAGGGAAGAGUAAAUACUGGAACUGCUGCUAUACUUGUAAAAGUUCAGGACGUGGAAGACCAGCCUCCAGAGUUUGUUGUGGCCACACCAGUUACUCGAAUAAGCGAAGAUGCACCUAUCGGAACAUCUGUAUUGCAAGUCAGGGCUGUGGAUGGGGACCGUGGCAUCAACAACAGAAUAUCAUACAGUGUCAUAUCAGGUGGAGAAGAGCAUUUUGAAAUCGACAGUAGCUCAGGCAUUGUCUACACAGUUAGCUUACUGGAUAGAGAAGACCCCAACAAUAGCAAUGGAGCAUAUAUUUUGGAAAUUUUGGCUACUGAGGAAUCCCACAUAAUAUCACCUCUACCAAGUGCAACUACAGAAGUGACUAUCAUUGUAACUGAUGUAAAUGAUGAAACACCAAGGUUUCGCAGUGACAGCUACAUUGGAGAAGUUAUUGAAAAUGCUCAGCAAAAUACACCUAUUACCUUUUUAGAGGAUGCCAUACCAGAAGUGUAUGAUUUUGACCAGGGCAAAAAUGGCACAUUUGAAUUAUAUUUAGUUGGUGACAAUGGGAUUUUUGAUGUUACACCUUUCAAAGGUAUAAAUGAAGCAUCAUUUUUAAUAAGAGUCAAUAAUCCGCUCUAUCUUGACUAUGAGAAGGUAGCGGUGAUGAACUUUAGUCUGGUCGCCAAGGAAAUUGUUACUAAGGAUGCUAAAAUGAGUGUUGUACCAAUAACAGUUCAUAUAAAGGAUGAAAAUGAUAAUUAUCCAGAAUUCACCCAACAAAUAUACACAGUGUCAAUACCAGAGAAUUGUCCUGUGGGCAGUACUGUGGGAAGAGUGCAAGCGCUUGAUCAUGAUUCUGGAAACUUUGGUACUAUGGGAAUCAGAUAUACCGGACUUAGUGGGAGUAUCGCUCACUUGUUAAAUUUGAACCCAAUAUCUGGAGAAAUAACCGUAAAGCAGGCAGGUGGAGACAGCUUUGACCGGGAACUGAUAUCGCAACAUUAUAUUACUGUUGAAGCAAGAGAUGAUUUGGGUAAGGGCAAUAGAAACACAGCACAGCUCAUAAUAAAUAUAGAUGAUGUUAAUGACAAUGCGCCAAUGUUUUUGGCAAACAAAUAUGAAGCGAGAUUGCUUGAGAAUGAACUUCAGUUUGAGAACCCGUUGGUUUUGGAAGCGAGGGAUUUGGAUUUAAACGGAACGAAAAACAGUCACAUGGAGUACGCGAUAGUAGGCGGAGACUAUAAAAGCAACUUCUCAAUAGACCCAAACCUGGGCAUCAUCACUCCCGUCACAGGACUCGAUUUUGAGCACAUUCCGGGAGAUAACACCAACAUACGACCUAUACAUUUAACUGUCCGUGCACGUGAUUUCGGAUCGCCGCCAUUAUCGUCGACCGCGCCCGUAAUAAUAUACGUACAGGACGUGAACGAUCACGCACCUGCCUUCACGCAAAUGAUAUACAAACGAGCCAUACCUGAAGACAUGCCUGGUGGGACUAGCGUUAUUGAGGUAAAGGCUCGAGACAACGACGGUUCAUCACCAAAUAACCGUAUAGUGUAUCGCAUACAGCGUGGGGCCAGUGACAAAUUUGUCAUUGACUCACGCACUGGGGUCAUAUCUGUGUCUAAUGGGUCUAGUCUAGAUCCAGAUAAAACUGACCCUAAAGUCACGCGAUAUACUCUUACUGUGGUGGCAUUGGACGGUGGUAUCGGUGACCAGCAAUUAAGUGCUGCGGUUCUUGUGAAUAUAACAAUAGUUGAUGUUAACAAUAAGGCACCAGUGUUUCUUGAACCCGGGACAAUACAAGUCAUGGAGAAUAUGCAGGUUGGCGCAAUAAUAUUCCGCGCUUUGGCUUAUGAUCCAGACGACCAGCCAGUACUGAGAUAUUCCAUAGACAAAGCAAACAGUUAUGCCCGUAAUGAAGAUGGCGUACAAGUUCUACCCACAGACUAUGACUUCCUAGCUCUAUGGGAUUUGAAUACUGUAGAUGGUUCUUUACGGAUUGUAAGAGUUCUGGAUAGAGAAAAAGUGGAACUCAUCAAACUAGUUUUAACAGUAGAAGAUAUGGCGGCCAUUCAAAGUGGGCCCAGACAGCUCGCGUCAACGACCUUAACAAUCAUUGUAUUGGAUCAGAAUGAUAAUAAUCCGAAAUUCAGGAAACCAUUCUAUAAAACAUCAAUACCGGAGAACUCGAAAAAUGGCGCCCAUAUUGAGACUUUAUUGGCCGACGAUUUGGAUAAAAAUCGGUCUAUGACUUAUGUUAUCGAAGAAACAGGUACAAAUGCAUCAUUAGGCCUCGUGCACAUAGACAAGAAGUCUGGUGAAGUUGUUGUGUCAAACAAAAUUGAUCACGAAAUGUUUCCUUGGAUCAAUUUGACAGUUAAGGCCACUGACAGCGGAAUACCGCCGCGACAUGCGAUGGUGGAUUUGUUUAUACAGGUAUUAGAUGAAAAUGACAAUAAUCCAGUAUUCGAGGUACAGCAAUUCGAGUACCGCGUGAAGGAAGACAUUCAGCCCGGUACAAUUAUAGCGAAUAUCGUAGCGAGCGACGCUGACUCCAACGAGUACGGGAAGAUCACGUAUUUACUCGAUCGAGUAUCGACGCAGGGCAAAUUCCUCAUUAACGCUGAAACAGGAGCGCUAACUGUGUCCGAAUGGUUGGAUAGAGAGACCCAAGCGACCUAUAACCUCGUAGUUGAGGCAUGGGAUAACUACCAAUUCGGUUAUCUCAGUGGCGAAAGCAGAAACGCAUUCAAACAACUUGUUGUGACGGUGGAAGAUGUGAACGAUAACCCUCCAGUUCUCAAUUUACCAGACGACUGUACGACUAUAAGCGAAUUUCACAAACAUAGAGAACCGAUUGUAUCAAUAUCGGCGACGGAUGCCGACGACAACAACUUGCCCAAUGGGAGAGUUCAGUUUCAUUUGGUUGGUGGAAAGGGACAUGAUCUCUUCCGUUUCGAGCAAGUCGGCGGUGAUGCGAAUACGGGUCGUUUGUUCGCUAAACAGUCUUUAAAAGACAGAUUUGGUAACUACAGUCUUUUGGUGGAAGCGAGGGAUUUGGGCAUCCCGCCGAAUUCAGUUAGAGGCGAACUGAGACUGUGUGUCACAGAUUAUAAUGACCAUGCACCGAUGUUUGUGCAUCCACCGAAUAAUAUUACUAUCAAAGUUCCAGAGAACGCAACAAUUGGAACUAUAGUUGUGACAGUCAAGGCCAUAGAUUCUGAUAUAGGUCCAAACGGGGCUGUACGAUAUCGCAUGAGACGGGAUCCCUCCUUCUCAAUACAUCCCAGUACUGGCUCCUUAAAGACUGUUCUGCCGCUUGAUAGGGACAAACAGUCAGUUUAUCAGCUUAGAAUAGAAGCUUAUGACCUAGGUCUUCCAACUCCACUAAGUUCGGAAAUAGACCUGACAAUAUACGUACAGAACGUAGAUAACUACAAACCAAGGUUCCCAUACAAACACAUACACAUUAAUAUCACAGAAAAUGUUGCCAACUAUAGCACAAUAUUACCCCGAGUUAUAGACAGAGAUGAAAUCGACAGGGGAGAUGAACCAGUGUUGCCAGUUUGUUAUUAUAUUGUUGAAGGUGAUGGGGAUGCCAUGUUUCAGUUGGAUAGGAGCACAUACAGGUUGGUCUCAAAACCACUAGAUAGAGAACAAAAAUCGAACUAUACCCUCACAGUAUUCGCAUCAGAGGACUGUUUGAACGAACCCAAGUAUAACGCGCAGACGGACGCGGGCAGUACGUUGACCGCGCAUAUAUAUGUGAAUGAUGUUAAUGAUAAUACUCCAAAAUUUAUGAGUAAAAUAUUCACGGGGGGAAUCACGACAGAGGCUGAUUUUGGUAUCGAGUUUAUGUAUGUCAAGGCAACAGAUUUAGAUGAAGCAGAUAAUGCAAAGGUCAAUUAUUAUCUCGUCGGUAAAGUAAAGGAAACUCUAACCGAAGGUUUGGAAAAACUAUCAGUUUCACCGUUCCUAGUAAAUGUGGAUACGGGAGCUGUGUCGCUUAACUUUGACCCACAAAAGGGUAUGAAGGGGUACUUUGACUUCAAGAUAUUAGCAAACGACACAGACGGCCUAUCAGACGAAGCACACGUAUUCAUUUAUUUAUUGCGUGAAGACCAACGCGUGCGUUUCGUUUUACGUGCGCACCCGUCAGAGGUCCGUGACCGAAUGAACAUAUUCCGCGAACAUUUAGCGCUUGUGACGCAGUCAGUCGUCAACAUCGACGAUUUGAGGGUACACGAGAAUAAAGACGGCUCAGUGGAUAAUACUAAGACUGAUCUGUACCUGCAUCUCGUGAAUGGUGAGGACCAUUCGGUAUUGGAGGUUGAGCAGGUCCUUCGAUUGGUGGAUAAGAAUAUUGAACAAUUGGAUAAGUUGUUUAAGGAUUUCAACGUACUAGACACCCAACCGGCAGAUUUCCAGCCCCUGACAGCGGUAUCAGCUGGCCACAAUACGAUCUACUGGCUUGUAUGGACCUCUGUUCUUCUCGCCGUUGCUCUUGUAUUGGCAAUCAUGACGUGUCUCUCACAACGAGCUGAUUAUAUGAGGAAGCUCAAAGCUGCCACUGCGACUGCGUAUUCAUCACCGACACCAGGCGAAUCAGACAUGACUCUCCGUUCAGGCGGUCGAGUACCAAACACAAACAAACACAGCUCAAAAGGCUCUAAUCCAAUAUGGCUCCACGCGUAUGAAAACGACUGGUACAAAGCCGACGACCAAAUGAGCCAUUCGGAAAGAGAUUCCUUAGACGAGAACGCAGUUAACACAGACGUUCCGAAUAAACCAUUUUUCAUAACUAACACCGCGUUCCCAAUACAAGCGAAUGAAACAGACGGCAAUUAUGAUUUCUAUCAACAGUUGGAACAGAUGAAGAACGCUAAGAAUAUGGAGACCACGGAAUUGUAAACAUUUUAAUAAAAUAUUUUAAAAAAUAUACGAUUGUUAUUCCAUACAAAAUUUGUUACUCAUUGCUACGUAUUAAUGAUACAUUUGUGGCAAUAUUUCAUUUAAUGGCAGCAAACUUACUGUGUAACGACUUUCAAUUAGAUUUUUAUUGGCAUUCUAAGUAAUGUCAAUGUCAUCCGACGAUCAAAAACAAUUAGGUAUUUUAACAAUUAUUAUAUAUCCGUAGCACUAAUAUGUAGGUAAUAAAACCUAUGUAAAUAUAUAGAUUCAUGCUUAACGGAAAUUUGUCUCUGAACAGCCAUAAAUAUGCAAAAAAAAUUGUAUGAUUAUAACAGACGAUAUCAAUGACGCCACAACCUGAAGGCAAAACUGUAUAAGCUAAGUUAGCUUAGUAUGCCAUAUGUAGCGGAGUUUUUAAUUUGAUUAGGUUUAGUAUUUAAACUGUGAAUUGCGUAAUUGUAAGUUUAUAUAAAUUAUGUGCCUUGUAAAUGUACCUUAAUUAUAAGUUUACUAGUAAGUAUCUAAGUCUAGGGGGUAAUUUAUUAAUAAAAUGAAGUUAUCGCAGUACCGUUUGUAAAAGGUAAUCAAUGUUUUUGUCUUUAUAAAUCAAUUGUAAAUUUUGAAAUGGGCUUUCAGUUUUUUAUUAAUAAUGUUUUAAUUGGGGCUUAAUGUGUAUGAAUGAACUAAAUUAUUACUUACCUAAUAAAUUAGUGUGAAUACUA